AUGGCGACUGUAUUAAAAAUAAAUUGACAAUUAAAAGGGCUUUUGCAAUAAAUUUCUUUUAAAAUACUCAAGUAUAGUGAGAAAUAUUGCUUUUACUUACAAUACAUCUCUUUAUCGGGUUUAUAAGCAAUUUGGAAUACACUGUUUAGGUGGAAAAUAAAUCCAAUUUUAUUGCAUAUCUAGCGUAUCGAGAGAACUUAAACUUACCAAGCGUGUUAAUAAAAUGUGGAAUCAAUGGGCUGCAAUUGCGGCACCUGCGCCAAUGCCGCCUAUUCCGGCUCCGCAUUGUCCGCCACCCCAGCCACCACCACCUUCUGCUGCUCCGCCGCCACCAUCAACGGCACCACCCCCGGCAUCGACGGAGUCUGUAUCAGUUGCAAAUACAUCUACACUACCAAUUAUAGGACCAAUGUUACCAUCAUCUAGUGUGACUCCGGCUAGCGCUGUAGCACCGGCACCGGCACCAGCUAAUACGCCUAAUGGACCUUACGGGCAGUACACCGAAGCUCAGUACGCUGCUUUGACUCCCGAACAGCAGUAUGCCUUGCAACAACACUGGCAACAAUGGCAAGCUUAUCAACAAGAAUAUGCUAAAUGGCACGCCCAAUAUGGUGAACAGUAUAAAAGGGAAAUGGCUGCUGCUGCCGCAACAGGACAACCUGGGAGUUUUAACAAUUACUAUCAGCAGACGCAGCCGCCGAUGCAAGUGCAACCACCCCAACAUGCAGCGCAAACCAUGCCUGCAACAAUAGCAACUGCACAACAGCCACCACCACCGCCGCCCCCUGAGGGGCAAGCUUCCAAUACCAAAAUUUCUGGAACUCCUCAAAUCUAUGCACAACCACCUGCUACGCACUCUAAUCCUGUUCAAACUCAAGCAAUGCCAAUUACUCAAGUAUCCCCAUCCAUACAACAGUUUACGGCUAUACAUCAGGCUCCUCCAGGUGUACCAUUCACAAAUAAUAAUUACCCACAAUGGCAAAAUCCCUAUCCGCUGCAGCAACACCAGUUCAGUUACAAUACACCGCCGCCAAAUUUCGGCCAACAGCCCCCAAAUUUUAGCCAACAGCCCCCAAAUUUUAGCCAACAGCCUCCAAAUUUCAGCCAACAGCCCCCAAAUUUCGGUCAAUUUCCAAAUUUUCAACAACCGCCUCCAAUAGCAGCCCAACAGCAACAAAACUCUCAGCCGCAACCAAUGGCUACCGCACCACCAUCUAAGCAGCAACAACCUCUUGGUAUUCCUCCUUAUGCUAAUGCUAAUCAACAAAUUUCCGGUGGAAAUAGUGUAAACAAUAACACUUCCAAUCAAGCCAAUGUCGAUGGCAAUUUUGAACGGAAUCGAAGUGAGCCUAGCAGCCAAGGUCCUAAUUCUUGGGACUCUCAACCAAACCAGCAAGACAAUGACUUCCGCAAAAGCCAAGCAGAUAAUAAUGGUCAAUGGAACGUCAAUAAUAAUAGUACUAAUUGGCCGGGAAACCAACGCGAUCCAGGUAAUGGUCCCAAUAAUUGGGAUAUGCCAAGGGAGGAUAGUAAUACUUCAAAUGAUUAUAAUAAAGUAUCAAAUGAUGAUAACAUCAAUGAACCAUUUGAAGCCAACGCAAAUAGUAGAGAUGGUUUAGAAAAUAAAAAUAGGAACGCAAUGAACCGAUGGGGUGAAAAUUCGAAUAAUGCAGAUAACAGGAGUGACAAUCGAAAUGAUAAUUUCACCCAGGUUCGACAAAUAGGCCCCAUGGGACAAGAGCCCAAUCAAUGGGUUGCUAAUAAUCGCAACCAAGACAACAUGAAUAAACCUUGGAGAGGUGGAGAAUAUAGCUCUCAAGCAUCAUUCGGCAAUAAUGAAAGCAGAAAUAAUGACAAUUUUAAUGCUCUGAACAAUCAAAGUGGAAAUCGAUGGGGCAUUAGAAGCGGUCAGCGCGGAAAUAAUGAUAUAUGUGAGAGAGAUUCAAUUCAUAACCGCAAUUUCAACAAUGAUUCCUUUGAUAGAGGCAGAAAUUUCGGUAGAAAUAAUUGUACGGAAAGUUCAAAUAAUAGUUCCAAUCAAAGAUUUGGUCAAAAUGAAAGAAAUUUUAGGGGCCAUUUCAACCAACAACAAGAAGAUAAUGGUCCAAGAAAUGAAAUGCGUGAUAAUUCGAGAAACUCGUAUGGAAAUAAUGAGUGGAACGUGGAUUUAAAUCACCAAGAAAAUUUUUCUCAAAAUAAAAAUUCAAAUAUUCGACAUAAUAGUGGCGAACGAAAGUUCGGUGGGCGAAAUAAUUUUAACAGAUGGUCAGAGAGCAAUGAUUCGAUACAAAGUCCGUGUAGCAAUUUUAACUCUGGCUCUGAGAGCACUGCUAGAAACAAUAGUCCAAAUAAUCCAUUUUCAACGAGAACUCGUUCAAAUGAUCGAAACUUUGGUUCGAGGAGAAAUGACGACGGCUUUGGUUCAAAUUAUGUAAAUCGCGGAAAUGGGCGUAAUAGUGGCCCGAAUGACAGCAGUAAUCGUAGAUCUACUUCGAUUGAGAAAAAUGUUGGUUCAAACUCCUAUAACAGACGUGGAGACUCGAAUGAACGAAAUUAUAUGCUAAAUAAUAUAGACCGUAGAUCCAACUCCCAUGAUCGAAAUCUGGGUUCACAUAAUAUUAAUAGGGGAUCUUACAAUGAUGAAUCUAAGCAAAACUUCGAAGAAGCCUCUAAUCAAAAAGUUACCGAAUCCGUACCAGGUCGUUUUGGAACGGACCAAAAACUACAGCGAUCUGAUUUAGACGAAAAAAGUUUUGAUCUUCAAUUCCAACGCUGGGAGGAGCAAUUUGAACAAUGGAAGCAUGUAAACGCGAAUCAUCCCGAUCGCGAAAUGUAUCACCGCUAUGAGCAGGAAUUCGAAAAGCAACGACAACGUAUAAUGGAAAGGCGUGAACAAAUGCGUCUGAGGAAAUUACAACAAAAGGGCGAAAAAACUGAUAACAGUUCGGAUUCGCACCCUCUAGAUACGGAUGAGAGAGUCCUUAACGAGCCGAGUGUAAGAAAUAGAGAGGAGGAAAACCUUAAAGACGACACAGAGAAAGAUCAUGCUGUUAAAGAAGAGGAGAGCUCAAAUGAGCCAUUGUCGCAAAAGGAGGAUACAACGAAGGUGGAAGAUGGCGUUGAAGCUGUUCAAGAAUCUGAGGAUCAUGUGAGUGCUGAGGUAGAGGAUACCAGUGGUGAAAAGCUAGAAACAGAUAAAGGUUCAGUCGAGGGAAAUAUCCCUGAAACCGGAGCAGAGAUAUCUAAAAUGGAGGAAUCAUGUGAAGUGGAUAAAAAAAUCAACCUGGGCAAGCGGAAAAGUCGCUUUAGUGCUCCCAUAGAAAAUCCCAAAAUUUUUAAACCAUCAGAACCCACUGUUACCGAAAUAAUUUCUCUUGUAGAUGAAGAUGAUAUAGCUGUUGAGUCUUCUGGGUCCAUGUGCAAUAUCUUUGGCAAAUCUAAGGGUAUCCCAGGACUGGAUUUAGUGGAAGGUUCCGACUCUGUUGGUGGAGAUAACAAAUCUAUGGAUUCCGUAGAUAAAUGCGAUGAUAAUGAGUCUACGCAGCUUUCUUUGCCAAAAGAACAUACGGAAAAGCCAAGAGAACAAACGGAUAGGCCAAAAUCAAGUGGUAAAAUACCCUCACUUUUUGAUGUUGUGGUAGAAAAGCCAAUUGAUUUUGAUAUGCGACCUACGAAUUGCGAUGUGGAUAAUGAUGCCAACAAUGAUGGUGACGGCAUUUGCAGUGAUAAUUCACGUGAAGAAGAAAAACUAAUACAUCCGAAUAUUUCUAACGCCAUUCCUAAUUUGGGCGAAGCUCUUAGGGACCCUGGUUUCAUGCAGAAAAUUUCUCAGGCAUUGGCCAAGGCUCAGGGUAGAGAAAGUGCGGAUCCUAGCUGUGCACCGCCUCCACAGUUUCUUGAGCAAUUGCCCGCUUUACUUCAACAACUACAACAACAAAGAUUGAAUGUCGCUAACCUUGGUGGCAAUGGCUCUAAUAUCGGUGGCAAUGGUCCAAACUUUGGUGGAUAUGGUCCGAACUUUGGAGGAAAUGGGAGCAACUUUGAUGGAACUGGCCAAAACCACAACAGACAUAUCUUCGGCGGUAACCGGCCGAAUUUUGACGGAAGCGGACCAAAUUUCCGUGAUAACGGUUCAAAUUUUAGCGGAAUGGGACCAAAUUUCGGUUUUAAUGGACCGAAUAAUAACAGUGGACCGAAUUCUAACAGAAAUUUACCCAAUAUCAACAGGUUUGGUUCUAAUGGUCCAAAUUUUGUCGGUGGUAACGGGCCAAAUUUCCGUGGAGAUGGCCCUAAUUUUCGAGGUGAUGAUGGUCCCAACUUCAGAGGAGAUGGUCCCAACUUCAGGGGAGAUGAUGGUCCCAACUUCAGAGGAGAUGGUCCCAACUUCAGAGGAGAUGGUCCCAACUUCAGAGGAGAUGGUCCCAACUUCAGAGGAGAUGGUCCCAACUUCAGAGGAGAUGGUCCCAACUUCAGAGGAGAUGGUCCCAACUUCCGAGGAGAUGGUUCCAACUUCAGAGGAGAUGGUGCCAACUUCAGAGGUGACGACCCAAACUACAGGGGAGGUUGUGGACCUAACUUUGGCGGUGGUGGUGGGAAUGGCCCGAAUUUUAAUAGGAAUGAUGAGCAACGUAAUUUUGGCAGGAAUAAUAAGGACGUUCGCGACAAACAGAAUUCACUCAGCCGUGGCAAUGGCUCCGAGAAUACCGAUAAACAAGAAGGAAAUGCUACAGGAACGGAAAACUCUAAUUCUUCAUGGGUUGACGGCCCUGGUAAUAGCCGAAAUUAUGGAGAUGACUACUUUCGCCCUGUACAAGUGAUUGAUUAUGAAAAUAGCGCCGUUCCGAAACCGAAGGUAAUCGAUUACGGACACAAAGGAGCUAACGCUGCAUCUGCUACUAGUUGCGCUGAUAAUGGUCUCCCGAAUUCUUUCAAUUUGACUGUAUCUAAUUUUUCGGAUGAAUUCAAACCCUUUAAAACUAUCGAAUAUGGACAUGCGUCCAAUCCGACAGUCAAUAGAUUUGGCAAUAUUUCUAUGAAAGGCAAUUCCAAGAGAAAAAAUAAGAAAAAGAAGAAAAAGAAUACUUCGGCUCAGCAGAAUGUAGCAGAGCAACAAACGGAGGGCGCACAAGGAGUGCAAGCCAAUGGAAAACAGCAGCAACAAGCAGUAAUUGAGUCAGAGAACAAGAAUGAGAACGAGGAUACACAGGAAUCGAUUACGAAUCCAAGUGAAACAAAUAAUUCUAAUAUGAGUUCCUCGAACGGAGCUAAUGAAGAACUUGAACAAAUAUCUGAUAAUGAAGACAAUUUCGAAAUCAGUCGUGAUUGUGAAUCACCAGCACCACAACCUCCACCACCACCAAUGCUCAAUACGAAAUCACAAUAUUUGUGUACCGUGCAGCAGGAUGCCACUGAGCCGACUCAAUCCAUUUUUCCAUCGACCGCAGCUGCUAACGAACACAUUCCUAAAAUUGCUAGUGAACAUGUGCAAAUGUCUUUCCCCAGUAUUGAAAAUAAGAACACCAUAACCGUCGAUGAGAUCCUACUGAAGCCGGGGCGUCUGACGCGUCCGAAAAAGGUUUGUGUUAUAUUGCGUGGACCACCCGGCAGUGGCAAGUCACAUGUCGCCAAGUUGAUUAAAGAAAAAGAAUUAGAAAUGGGUGGUGGAAAUCCACGCAUUUUAAGUAUCGAUGAUUAUUUCCUCAUUGAAAACGAUUAUGAGGAACGCUGUCCAAAAACUGGCAAAAAGAUACCGAAAAAAGAAGUUCUUUACGAAUUUGACGCUGAAAUGGAAGAUAAAUACAUGCAAUAUUUGAUAAAGUCAUUUAAAAAAACUAUUUCAGAUAAUUUAUACGAUUUUAUUAUAGUCGAUUGCAAUAACAAUUCGUUGCGUUCAUUAAAUGAGUUUUAUUGUCACUCGAAAGACUCGGGCUUUAUGCCGUAUAUAGUAGAUUUGAUUUGCGACUUGGAGACUUGUCUGAAUCGCAAUAUUCAUGAACGAUCUGAGAAAGAUAUUAAUGCGAUAAUUGGUUCAUGGAAGCACACACCGCUCCAUUACAUUAAACUGGACGUAUCAUCGUUACUGGAAAAUCUGGUGGAAAUGGAGGAUGCCGAGGACAUGGUGAUGGAUAAUAACAGCGAUAGUGUUGGAGCGCCCGAUGAUAGUAAUUUAAUGCAGUCGUCGCAAGGUGAAAAUGAAACUGAAGACAGUAAUGAGGCUGCUGAAGAUACAGCAAGUUUCGGAUUCUUAAAGAGCAAAUGGGAAAAUGAUACCACAUCCGAGAACCUUGCUCGCUUGGACGGCACUAAUAAACUGAUGCAUAAGCGCAAAGCAGCUACUAUGGAGGAUUACCUGCAAAUGGAUGAUUGGGAACCACCUAAGGCCAAUACAAAUGGAAAGAAACGGGUGCGCUGGGCAGAUAUCGAAGAGAAGCGUACACAGGAGAAAAUGCGCGCAAUCGGCUUUGUUGUAGGCCAAACUGAUUGGAAGCGUAUGAUGGAUCCGAAUGCUGGAAAUCGUGCUUUGAAUAAAACCAAAUACAUUGAACGUGUCAAUAAAAGACGAUAGUUUGGACAUUCCCUAUACGUUUAUUAUACUCAUUGUUUCAAAUAUCUUCAAAUAUGUAUACCACAUUCUUAAUAACUAUUUCAUUGGGUUUUAUUAUAACUUAUUAUAACUUUAGAUUAUGAGCUAUACAAUGCAAGUAAACAAAGAUGCUAGUAAUAUCACUUAUGGUAAUAAAUGUAGCUAAGAUUAUUAAGAUGAUUCACAAUAAAUACUUGCGGAUACAAUUUUAUGUA